AUGAGAUAUUCAAUAAAUAAGGCAGUUCACGUUCCAGCCAAACCUCUGCUGAUGCAGCUUAAGAUCAAUACACCCCAAGUUUUCAAAUUAUUGGAUUUGGCUUCUACUCAGGAAGAUCACACCAAGCCACAAGCAAACAUUGGGGAGAUUGAUGUUGACAUUCAGUCCAUGCUGGCUGGUACUCAAAGAUCUUCACUUCCUCUGAUGAGAAGAUUUAAUGAACAUUCACAAAGAUUAUUGGAUUCAUCACUAUAUCUCAUCUCCCAGGGGCAAUGGCCGAAGACAAAGAACUGGACAAGGAUCAUCAUGAGCAAAGUCUUGGGAGGGACCAUGACCCUGAGAAUGAUCUAA